AAAGAAAAGGCAGAUAUCAAAGUACACUGUAGCCCCUACUGAUCUAUAUAAAGGCGAGACAAUAGGAGAGAGCAUUGGGCCCCAAAUCCAGAUCUCUUUUGAGUUUUGAGACACAAAACCACAAGAGAAAACUCAAAACUCCACCGAGAAACGGAAGGGAUCGAUCGAAAAUGAAAUCGUAAGAAGCAAAUAGCUUGAACCAGUAGUAGUAGUAGUAAGCUAGCGAUCGAUGGCGGCGUACCGCGGCCGGCGGGACUACGGUGGCGGGUGGUGGUCGGCGUCGGCCGGCUCGGGGAGGAUGACGCUGGCGGCGGUGAUGGCGACGAGGGCGCCGCGGCCGGCGUUUAUCCGGCGGGAGGCGAUCCGGGCGGCGGAGGCGGCCGCGGACGAGGUGGUGUUACGGGUGCAACCCACGGAGGAGGCGGAGCGGACGCGGCAGGGCAUCAUCGGCUACCUCAAGCUGCUCUUCGGCACCGCGCUCGGCUGCGAGGUCUUUGCAUUUGGAUCUGUUCCUUUGAAGACCUACCUCCCUGAUGGGGAUAUUGACAUAACUAUACUUGGGAACACAGCUCCGGACAGCACUUUCAUUAGUGAGGUUCGUGGUAUACUUGAGUUAGAGGAGCAGGAAGAUGGUGCUGAUGUUGCAAUCACGGGUUUGCAAUUCAUCGAUGCUGAGGUAAAGCUCAUCAAAUGUGUUAUUGACAAUAUUGUUGUUGACAUCUCGUUCAACCAAAUUGGUGGGGUGACCACACUCUGUCUUCUUGAGCUGGUUGACCAUGAAGUUGGGAACGACCAUCUGUUCAAGAGGAGCAUUAUGCUAAUCAAGGCUUGGUGUUACCAUGAAAGCCACAUACUGGGAGCUCAUCGUGGACUAAUAUCUACUUAUGCCUUGGAAGUUCUUGUUCUUUACAUAUUCAAUAUAUUUCACAAAUCGCUGCAUAGUCCCUUAGAGGUCUUGUAUAAGUUUUUGGAAUAUUUUAGCAAGUUUGACUGGGAUAAGUAUUGCAUAAGUUUAAAUGGUCCUGUUCCUUUGUCAUCCUUGCCCAACCUAACUGUUGAACCUUCAGGGAUACAUGAUGAAUUACUGUUUGGCCCUAAUGGCUCGUGUGAUAGACUUAUUGUACUUAAAAAGGAUUCUGAUGGAUCUAACAUGAAUUUUCGCCCGAAGUAUCUAAACAUAAUUGACCCAAUAAAGUCCAGUAAUAAUCUUGGCAGAAGCGUCAGCAAAGGAAGCUUUUACCGCAUACGAGGUGCUUUCUCAUUUGGUGCACAAAACCUGAGUCAAAUUCUCAUGUUACCUACUGACCUUAUUCCUACUGAAAUCUUUGGAUUUUUUGUGAACACCUUGAAGAGCCAUGGAAGAGGAAAAAGAUCAGACGUUGGCAAUAAUGGUUCAUUCGAACCGUCACUUGAUCCUGAAAGUGAAUAUGCACUUUGGGAAGAUUCAUCAGACGUAAAAGAAUCUGAUAUGAGUGAAGAUGAAAAUAGAAGUCCUGAUCUGCAGAGGACUUCAGAUAGUUGUUUUUACAACAAGGUCUCAGGAGACAGUUUCAGUAGCCACUCACCAUUUUCCCAAGAGAAGGGCAACAACAUGAAACGACACUACGACUGUGCAAGAGAGGAAUAUUUACCCCUCGGUAGAUCAUCUAUGGAGCAACAUAUUUAUGCGAACAACCAGUCACAAAUAUUGACUCCCUCUACUCGUAUAAAUACUUUGGAUAUUUCCAAUUCUUGCCCAGCUGAGACAAAUAGGAGCGAUCUCCAUGAAGAAAAACUGCCACUUUCUCAUUUUUCACCAUCAAAUUUGUUGGAUCUAUCAGGAGAUCUGGAUUUGCACUUAGAAUGCCUUCGAAAAGUUCAGUACCACCUGGAGUCCAUGUUUGAUUGGUUGAUUCAGGAAGCAAGUUUUUCUGGCGCAGUAAACAAUGACUCCUUCAAUAUUCCAACCCAGAGCAGCUUCUCAAAUACUGAUGGAAGGGCUCUAAGGCCAUUGUUAGUUUCAUCUGCUUAUACCCAGAGAGGGAACCUAUCUCGAGUUUACUGUUCGCAUAGCACAAGAGAAAUUUCUCAGAAAUCAGUAUCACGCACUGAGGUCCAAGUGAAUGCGGUUUGUCAGCAGAAUGUGGCAUUGCCCUCUGGAACAAAUAACAGAUUGGCGUUGCCUCCAUCUCCUGUCGCUGAUUCUGAGAAAUCUCCAGUUUCUCCGCUCCAUAACACAGUGGAUAUUGUUGGGACGCAUGGAGCUGGCAUGCAUACUCUCAAUAAUGUAUCAUUGCUUUCUGGAACAGAUGUAUUAUCCAAUGCAUUCGCACAGCUUUCAUUUCCUGCAGUUAAUUCAGUUGACUAUAAAUAUUGUUGGUCUUAUACCACAACAAAUAAUCGUGCGACAUCAAGUCAAAAAACAAACCGUGGGAAGGGUGGAACUGGCACAUACAUUCCCAGAAUGAAUUAUCAUACUUACAAGGAACGCAUAUUCUAUUAUAAUGGAAGAAGCCAGAGAGAAAUGUUACCAGAUCGGCCGUUCAAGAUUAAAACUAACCCAAUUGGCUACAUUCGCCGGCGCAGUUCGCCUGAAAUGGGAUGUUCAAGUUCAAGCAAUGGCGGUAUUACAUUUGAAAAUACAAGUCAUACACCAUCAAAGAAACAGGAUCACUCAAGCAAAAGUACAGUUACAGCUGAAGGAAGUUUUGCUCAGGAGAGAGCACCAGCAAGCCAGGAAUGGAAUAUUUGCACAAACAUGAACAUGGUUGACAGCCAAAAACCUGGUAAUGAUGAAGACCUUGUCAGACCAAACAAUGAAUCAAGGGAACUACGGACACUCCAUCCAUCAGAAGUGCAAAACAGGGAAAUGACGGCAUCAUCAUCAUCUAGUGUGGAGCUUCCUCAUUGUGUUGGCAAUGGUCUCCAAGAAUCCAAUACAUCUCAGCCAUCCUCACCUGCAACUGAGGCUUCUUCUCCAAUCAAAACAUCACUAGUCGAAGGUCUUGAGUUUGGAUCUUUCGAACCUAUCUUAGGUACUAGUUUUCUCUGCGAAAAGUUUUGCGAAGAAUUCCCACCUCUGCCUGCUAGAAAGUGGCCUGCAGUAGCCGCUGUUUCAACGCCUGUGACUGUGAGCUCUUCGCCUGCUGAAACAGGAAGCAAGCCAGAAGGGCUCUACCAACUGAGAGAUGAAGCUGACUUCCCUCCUCUCAAGGCUGGUGCUCGCAAUGGAUUUAAUCAUAGAGUUGGAAGAUGAAGGAUGCUUUACUAGCUUGCUUCAGGAGAAGUCUGAUAUCGUACAAAGCUUGGAUGCUAUUCCAAUCGUAAUAGCAUGCUUUCAGCUGUCUGAAACUCCAAUAAUCCUUAGUGAUACAAUCAUUAGGUCUUUAAGUGUUAACUCCUGGUAGGAGCCUUAAUUGUAAAAGAACUAGCUCAUCUUUUUAGCUUUUAUAACCCGAAAAAAAUGUUUAAAAAAUAAAAUAAUACGAAAAUGCUCACAAAAAAAGAACUACCACCUUUGUAGAUCCGUCGUUUUAACUUUUUAAGAUUAAGAGAAGAAAAAUGAUGGAGUACAGUGUUUAGGUGCACCUAUUGUUUCUUUGUGCUUCAUCGUGAUAUAUUUACCCUUUGCAUGGUAUUUGUUGAAGUACUACCUCCUUCACCAAAUGUUUGAUGUUUGAACUUACCAAAGUAAAAAAAAAUAAAAAGAAAAAAGAAAAGAGGAGGGAGUAUAAUUUUCUCUGAUA